GAGAUCAUGACCUGAGCCGAAGCUGGACUCCCAACAGACUGAGCCACCCAGGCGCCCCAUAUGGUUGCAAUUCUUAUGGCAGUUCUUACAAAGUACUACAUACAUCUGAGGAAAAGCCCCUCUUGGAAAGGGGCUGUCUUAAAGUAUUAAAAUCUUACAUAAAAUUGUCAACACCACACAAUAUGUUUGGGCCGUGAGGAGAAAGGAAAGGAGAAGAUACAAGUCAUAAACUGAUGUGUCAGAAAUGAUCAAUUUGGGAAACUGAAUUUAUCAACACUAUUAAAGGGCUCAAUUAUUUUGUUGGGAUGAGCACUGGGUGUUGUAUGUAAGUGAUGAAUCAUGGGAAUCUAUUCCCAAAUCAAGAGCACACUGUAUUCACUGUAUGUAAGCUAACUUGACAAUAAGUUAUAUUUUAAAAAAAGGGCCCAAAUAUUUUACAUAGUGAUUCCAAAUAUUAAUUUUGAUUAUAAAGUAUCAAGUUUAUUUCAUUUUGUAUGGUUUCAUGAUUUUUAAUGGGAAACACCAUAAUAAAGGUGUUUUUUGUAUUGUGGGUCCAUUAGUCAUGAAAUCAAUUUGUUUGCUAUGAUCAACAUUUUAAAAAAGAAAAUAUAAUUGCAUAGAAAAUACAAGAAUGCAUUAUACCUAGGUAAACUAAAUAGUAUUUUGUGAAAUUUUUGUUUCAGUUACAUGUGUGUACCAUAAUAUAUAUUUCUUAUUGUGGGAUGUGACCAGAAAAAAAAAAAAAGUUUGAAGUCACUAGUAUGGUGGAAAAGUCUUCGGAAUUAGCCAGGCCUCAGUUUGAAUCUGAGCUCUGGGUGACUUUUGCAAGUUAUUUACCUAACUUCUGUGGAUCAAUCCCCUCAUCAAAAAAGGGAGAGGAAAUAAUAUCUCCUUCCGUUUGGUGUGUAUGUGUGUAAAGAUUAGAGAUUCCUUAAGUAGAAUGCCUAAAAUAUUGUUAAUGAUAAAAAUAUAUAAUUGCUUCCAAGCGUCCCCAAAAUAAUGCACUCUAUGUAAAAACACUUCAUUCACUUAGGAGGGAGAGGAUCUGAGGAUGUGUGUUAUUGAUGACUACAUCUGUUUGUUAUAUCUAUAGUCUAAAACUACAUUGCUCAGUCUUUUUCUCCAAUUUGAUUUAGUAAGGAGAUUUGAGUUCUUUCCCCUUCCUAGUCUCACGUUGUACUUAUCUAUAUUAUGGACUUUUGGCACUUAAUUAUACAUUUGUCAUAUUUUCUAAUCAUUUCAUAGUUCAGCUGUGUUACAAACUUUCACAUCUCUUCUAGUGCUUAAAACAGUGCUGGGCACAUUACAGAGUGAAGGAUGAGAAUCUAUUAAAUGUGGCCCAUAGCACACCUUUUGCAAAGUAUCACUUGUAUAAGGGGAAGCAGAUGAAAUCCUGAUUCUGCCAGUAUUUCUCACCCAAUCUACUCCAUGCUAAACAGGUCAGUUAGGCACUAAGUCAUGUCUCUGGGUAGUACAAGUGGAAGGUGUGAACAGAGAAACCACUUUAUCUGAGGACAGUCGAAAAUUAGAUCCUACUUUCCCCUCCCCACUCCUUUUCCCAUCGGGGAGGGGACAUUUAUAAGCCCUGAGGACCAGGGUCCAGAAACCGGCUGGCGUCCUGAGCUCCAGAGGCUUGCCAGCACGCACGAUCUCCCGCACUGAGAGCCCUUCUUCCCAGAUGAAUUCUCAUAGUAUCACAGACGCGCGCAGUGUCGAUCGAUACUGGAUGGCAGACGUGCUCCCGCCGUCAAGUGUAGGCACAAGGCGGUGGAUUUAGCCAGCCUGCCGCUCGGUCGCAGCUUCUCAUCAGCUCAAUAAGGGCAGAGGACGUUAACCCGUUCCCCGGCGGACACCCACUCGGUCGCCUCCCAACACCCGCUGUCCGCAGCCCCUUCCCCUCGACUUCCCCCCACUCGGCCUCCCUCAGACUCCCACGCGUGUCGGGGGUGCGGUGCAGCAGGGGCCCGGCCCGAAAGGAGGGCGCCUCAUCGGUUGCCUCUCCGCCCGGCUCCCUGGACGGUCCUUGGAGGCAGCUGAGGCAGGGAGUACCGAGCUUCUUCACACUCUGGACCUUACCUUUUUAUAUCUUCUUCCGCUGGUGGGCGGCAGGGGGGGAGGCAGCCCCGAAGCCAGAUGCUGGGGCCGCGCGGAGGCCGCUGCGUGGUGGGGUGGGGGCACGCGCCUCAGCCAGCCUCUUGGACCCCUGAGAGCCCAGCCAGGCGAAAACCCCGCCCCUGGCGCCCGCUCCCACUCCUGAUUGGCCGGCCCAGCCUGAAGGCUACCGGUGGUCCCCCGGCCCGAAUCUCAGCUAUAAAGGCAGCCCACGCAUGACGGCUGUGGCGAAGCUCGGGUAGCUGCGGUGCUCGUCCGCUUUCAGCCCCCGCGGCGCCCCCUUUACUCCUUGCCCCCAGAGCGCUCCCGACUCCACCAUGCCGAGGGGCUUCCUGGUAAAGCGAACUAAACGGACAGGGGGCUCCUACCGAGUGCGCCUAGCUGAGCGGAUCUUCCCACUGCUGGGGCCCCAGGGGGCGCCGCCCUUCCCCGAGGAGGCUUCCAGUGCUCCCCAGCCAGGUGCGGAGCAGGUGGCACCCCCCACUCUGGAGGAGGCGGCAGCCUGCGAGCUGUCGGGGUCGUCCUGUCAGGCGGCUAGGGUGAGCCCAGGGGAGGGCGGGCAGGAAGGUGCUGCGGAGUGGAGGGCGGAUGGCAGGGAGGGCCCCGGGCCCAGCCCCAGCCCCACCAAGCCGGCGGGCGUGGAGCUGCGCCGGGCAUUCCUGGAGCGCUGCCUCAGCUCACCCGUCUCUGCAGAGUCCUUCCCCGGGGGUGCCGCCGCGGUGGCUGCUUUCUCCAGCUCGGCGGCGCCAGCAGCUGCACCGACCUCCGGGGAGCAGUUCCUGCUGCCGCUCCGGGCACCAUUCCCAGAGCCAGAGUUCCAUCCAGACCCUGCGCCCCUCUCGGUCACCCUGCAAGGCCUAAAGCGGGCCGCUGGCAACGAGCGCCGUGCCAAGGCACCUCCGGCCUGCGCGUCUGGACCCGCGGCCGCCGGAGUCAAGAAGCCAAAGGCCAUGAGGAAGUUGAGCUUCGCAGAUGAAGUGACCACGUCCCCUGUUCUGGGCCUGAAGAUCAAGGAGGAGGAGCCCGGAGCACCGUCCAGGGGCCUGGGGGGCAGCCGCACGCCACUGGGGGAGUUUAUCUGCCAGCUAUGCAAGGAGCAGUACGCGGACCCCUUCGCUCUGGCUCAGCACCGCUGCUCCCGCAUCGUACGCGUCGAAUACCGCUGCCCUGAGUGCGACAAGGUCUUCAGCUGCCCUGCGAACCUCGCCUCCCAUCGCCGUUGGCACAAGCCCCGUCCCGCAGCGGCAAAUGCUGCCACAGUCUCUUCAGCCGACGGAAAGCCACCUCCUUCCUCAGCCUCCCCAGACUCUGGGGCUGUUGCAUCUUUCUUGGCGGAGGGGAAGGAGAACAGCCGGGCAGAGCAAACGGCGGAUCAGCACCUGCAGGCGAGGGACAGCUCCAGGGCGGAGCAGCACCAGGACAGCGCCCCACACCCGGGCCUCCAGGUGUCCCACCCCGAGCCACCGCUGCCUCAGGUCCCCUACACGGAGGGGAUGUUGGGGCGCCGGGUGCCUGGGCCAGGCAGUGCCAGUGGUGUCGGGGGACCCGAGAUCUUCAUGUGCCCAUAUUGCCACAAAAAGUUCCGUCGCCAAGCCUAUCUGCGCAAGCACCUAGGCACUCACGAGGCAGGCUCUGCUCGUGCACUUGCCCCGGGCUUUGGCUCUGAACACGGUGCCCCGCUCGCCUUCGCUUGCCCGCUGUGCGGGGCCCACUUCCCUUCCGCAGACAUCAGGGACAAGCACCGGUUGUGGCACGCGGUCCGUGAGGAGCUGCUCCUGCCUGCUCUGGCUGGGGCCCCCCCUGAAGCUCAAAGCCCAGGCGGGGCAUCCGACGGGAGUGCUCAGCAAAUUUUCUCGUGCAAACACUGCCCGUCCACUUUUUUUAGCUCCCCGGGGCUGACCCGGCACAUAAAUAAGUGCCACCCCUCAGAAAGUCGGCAGGUACUGCUGCUGCAGAUGCCGUUGCGGCCUGGCUGUUGAGGACAGAGAUGAGGAAGAUUAUGCGGUUGGCUUUGGAGGAAACAGAGCAAGGGAAUUUCUGUGGGGAUUUCUUGAAUUUGCAAGUUUACCCUCUUUGCUGCCUAUAUUUUCUCUCCUAAAACUCCCAGUAGUCAAUGUUCCGCCAGAGAAGCGGACAGCGAAAUGUAAAAUCCCUCUCUAGAGCAGGUAUGUAUAUGAUAUAAACCUUCGCGGUCAAGGACUGUCACUUUAAAAGCCUUCUCUCUUACCCCACGAAAAUAGGAUUUCCCCCCUCAUUCUGGAGACCCUAACGAAUCCUAUAUGACUUGUAAUUCCUAUGGAAAGUCGUAGUGAAUAUGUGCAUGUCUCAAUAUCUGCAAAUGAUUCUAACUACCAAAAGUGGUAGUCUUUUUUUUUUUUUUCCUUGCCAUUGCAGGCGCCUAUGUAGUUUCUGUCUCAAUAGGGUCAGAUUUCUUGCAUUGUAUAUUCUGUGAAUUAAAAGUUAUGUGAUUGGUGCCAAACGUACAGGGGGUUGGGGAAAGACUCAAGACCUCUGCCUGUGGGCAGGAAAUGUAAGGGGAUGUUUGCGCUUUGGGGGGAUAUGGGGAUCUCCCUGUAAACGUUCUCUUUCUCAAGUAUUAGUAGUCCAUUCUUAAGUUAGUGUUUGGAGGUGGAGAGGGUGCUACUUUACUUGGAGGGGGUUGAGAUGCCCCCAAAUUCUCACCUUUAGCUUUUUUGUGUGUUUUCAGGAAGAGAUACUUUAACAUAUUUUUUUUUUUUUUUUUUUUUUUUGGAAAUAUAAAACUCAUUUCCGGAAGUUUGACUGUUUUAGUAGGGUUUCAUCCAAAUUGUUUAAUCCUUCUGUUGUAAAUCUUAUACAGUGUUAUAUAUGAAACUAUGUUCAGCUUAAGGAAGAUGUUAAUACCUAUCUAUAAUCCACUAUGGAACUGAAUGACUUUUCAUUCAAUAUUCAUUUUUCAGCAGCAAUCUGUUUCUGAAAUUUCUUUUUGUAAACCAUAUUCAGUGCACACUCUGUACCCAUGCUCUAAUAGCCAGAGUUUGGGACACUGGCUGAGUAUUGCUCGACAGAUAGCCCAUAUUUGUAAGAUGCUUACCACCAAAUAAAUGUACAUAGCUGGUG